GUAAUAAACGGUGUCCACGUCUAAGACAUCUAGUGCGUUCAUUUUAUUGAUCUCAUUUCUAUCGUGCAUAUCAGGCGUGUCAGUCUGUCUGUCCACUGAGCCUUGGGCGGCCAGUAAUCUGUCAAUUCAUUUACUGACAGCAAUUUUAAAAAAUGUCAGUCUGGAGCAAAAAAGGAUUGCUCUAGAAAGUUGAAAUUAUUCAGGUAUAAUAUGCUCCUCUGAAGUACAUUGUGAUGUUUCCGCACAUCUUUUUUUAUCUCUUCCUUGCAAACAUACAAAAACAUUUUCUACUAUAUUCUCAAAUUCUCAAACAAGCCCGUUCGACUUUCAACUAUCUACCACACCUACUAGCGUUUUUGUUUAGUUCGGCCGUGGACUAACCUCGCUUUUAACAUUUGACACGAUCUACCAAUAACCUCUUUAGAAUUCAGCUCAAUACGAAUAAGAGCUGAGUCAUUGUCAUAAGCCUCAUCCGUUGAUUGUAGCACAAGCUGGCAGUCACUAGCAUGUUCAUUUCACUUUUCACCUGUGUAAAUAAACCGGCCCAAACACAAGCUUCCAGAAGCGUGGACCAAUACAAUAAGAUUACAGCACUCGCUUGAUUGCAUGUUAAUAUGUAGACCACUUUCAUUUGUGAUGUUGAAUAAAAGUUAAAUUGACACCUACAUCCUUAAUAAACGGCGCCAAACGCACGAAUUCUGUUUACAUGAAAUAAAAACGUGUUCUUGACGACGGAGAUUUCAAAGUCCAGGAGUACUCGUUAUGGAAUCUGUUGGAAAGUUUUCAGGUGAAUAGCUUCUGUAUCUUUGCGUUAGUUAUUUCUUCAUUUAGUUAGAUGAUAAAAAGCCUAAUAAUUAUACUAGAAAAUAGACUUGUUAGUCCCGCCGCUGCUGGCUCAUAAAAUAAUUUUUUGAAAUUAAUUGUGAAACAAUAAGUCUUAACUGCAAAUGCGGAAUUUUUGCCUGUUUUAAAGGACAUUUGUGAAGCUGACUGGGAGAGAAAACACCGCAUGUCAAUCAACGUUUGUUAAGUCUUCAGUCUCAAAUUCAGAAUCAAAAAGACAUGUCACUGUAUAAAUAAUGUCAUACAAAUGCUUCCAUCUUUAAAUUUAGAAAAAAUAAUGUAAGCCAAAAAACAAGUCGUGUCUGUCCAAAAACUGUCGACGAACGACAUAACCACGAGUGAAAGAUGUUCUUGGCGGGGAUUUAUUAAUCCACUCAGUCAUGUGCGUACUUGAUGAAGAGGAAGAAAGGGAUUAUCCUUAUAAAAUAGGAAGAAGGCAUUGUAGCUUUGUCUUGGUUAAGAUGCGAUUAUUUCACCCCCAAGAUGAGAAAGUACUUAGUAAUUCUGAUUUGUGUUUGGACUUAUUGAGCACUGAUGAAAGGAAAUGAUCUACAGGCGGUUAAAAGGGAUUUGUCAAGUGUUCUCAAAUUUUUGAAGUCUAAGGCGUGAAACUCUUUCGCUUUUGUCGCCAUUGGGUCUGGAUCUCUUAACUUAUCCGAGCAUUUCAUCGACAUGUAUAUAGAAAGAUGUUUGUCCUGAAAUUUAGUUACAAUUGUGGGUUUGAUGUUUUUAUUCAUUUAGAUAAACUUGAUAAACGACGUGCUGUUUUAGACGCUUUUAAAGAACAAAGGCACUUGCUCUGUUGUAAAUAUGCAGAUUAUUUCCUUUUGUGUGUGAGUGGAAAAACCAAUUUUCAAUGCGGGGAACAUUUGAUGUUAUAUCCAAUAUUUUUCGUCAUAACUAGAAGAAAUCAAAACCACAAUUGAUCAUUACCUCAGCCGUGAACUUCGUGUGAAUAUCCUGUUACUUAGUGGUUUUAGAAAAUAUUCGGAACAGAUUUUUCGUAUCAUAACCAACAACAACACCGCAUCGCCAUCAUGGUGCGUAAGUUGACACGACUUAAUUUUUAUUUGACUACAAGAAAUAAUGUUACGACAACGCAAAAUUAUUUUGUAAUAUUUGAAAUUGUCUUGACACUGACAGAAAUCACGAAAUCAAAACCUAGUUAUGUUGAAAACCUCCAGGACAAAACUGACCUACUACUCUGAAAAUAGCAACGAUGGUAAACAUUAAGAAAACAUUGACCCUUGAACAUCUACAGCAACUUUAAAAUCCAUUAUAGACUGAAACUUUGCUUCUUGUCUGGCUCUAGCAAAAAUCACUGAACCGCAAAUUAUACCUUCUAAAAACUAUAUUAUAAUUUUUGACGUAAAAAAAAAAAAAGUUGUUUUUUUUGAAGUACUCUCGAAUACGAGGUGGUUUUAAAAUUUUCCAACCUUUAUGUUGCGCAUGCGUAUUCAGUCAGCGUUUAUGAUACGCAAGUGUUGGACAUGGACCGCAUUGCCUUGUAAUUUGUAAACAAAAUUUUAUGGACAAUAAUUCUUGAGUUAACGUUAUCAUCACCAUUACUAAAUUCACUUGUUAACUUCUCCUUCUGUCGCUGACCGAAUACAUAAACUGACACUUUCUAAGUACCACAUUAUCAAAACUCAAGGUGAUUCCUCAUAUAUACUUAAAUGACUAAACCACUUUCAACUGCUAAAUAAGUCACUGAUUCUGCCCGAGUGUCUCUCCUUUGGCGGCGAUGAAUUUAAUAACUUUAGACGAUGAAUUGUAACAUUUAAGACGAUUGGAACUGUCUGAAUGAACUCGACUCAGUUUUACUCAUAAUAAUCAACGUCAGUUAUAAUUUAAAAAAAAAACCCGGAAAAUUAUUCAGUUUCAUCUUAAAAAAUCAUUUCAUUAUAAAUUUUUUAAGGAAUUACAAAUGUUCUUUGUCGUGUAAUCGUCUUUUGUUUUAGACUGAUUUGUGGGUCUUAAGAAUUUUUAUUUGCUGUUGCUGCUUCGAGUCAGUCAGUGUUUAGAAAUGACUUUUGACACAUUACGAGAUAAUUCACUCUCAACAGUGGAAAAUGUCAAUCGCCUUAUUGUUGGUUACACGUAAAUUAAAAUGGUUGAUGCUUUUCUGUUCUCAUCUUGGUUUUCUUUCUUUUGUGUUUUGUUAAUAGAUCAAAUGAGCCACUACUGAGCUAUAUCUCGUUCGAUCUUUUUUACACGCCUCCAUGUAAACCGAAUUUCAUGCAAAAUUAACUGCUCAGUGGGGAAGGCCUCUAGAGAAAAACUACCAGUUCAACUGAUAUUAUAGCUAUAUGCUGAAGUGAUAGUCAAUUUAAAUAGACAGACCAGCGAUGAAAGCUCAGGUUUAUUACAAGCAGAACACGUUAUUCGGGUGAUGCAGUGUGUUUUCAAGGUACAUGAAGGUACAAAGUCGAAAGUCUUUCAGUUCUUUAAGGAAUUUUCCUCAGUGAAGGUCAAGGGAACAUAUUUAUAUUUAUCUCUUGUUUGAAAUUGUUGGAAUCUUUACAAGUUCGUGUAUUGCGUGCAAAAAUUAAGAUUACAUGGAUAAACAUGAAGAUCACUUUGCAACCUUUUUGGCCUUUCAAUUUCCCCUUUUCCUAAGACUUGAAGCAAUCUUGAUGGAAAUCCUGAUAAGACCUCUCUGGGAAAAAAAUGACUCCGUAUUUGAAUAUUGGGAUACGAUCACAGCAUCGAUAAUGGCAAUCAUUUUAAACUCAAAAUUCUUGACAAGAAAUACUGUUCACAAUUUUUCUUCAGUGUAAGUUAAUUAUCCUCAAGUCUUCCUUCACUUGAAGCAGGAACAGACCUAGUUUAUUGCUGCUCUGCGACUCUUCAUAUCGUUUCAAUCUGAAAAAACGUCAUUUGACCACUGCAAUCUAAUUAAAAUAUUCCAAUUCCUGAGUAGUGACUCCAGCGGAAAUUUGUUCAAACGUUUCAGUAGUCUGUACAUGUUCCGCAGACGAUGGUUCAGGAGAAAAUAUGUUUGAUUUCAUGUAAUAAUCAAAUUUCCGAGCUUCUGUUUCUAACGAAAAAGCAGCAACUGAGGUCGAAGAAACUCUUAACUACAAUUGUGACAUGUCAACGUCGAGUUCACAGAUGCAUCAAUGUUAAAUUAUAUACCAAACCCACGAAUUUGCCACAUUCAAAUAAGCUCACUUUGACAUGCGAGAACUGUUUCUUUUCUAGUGCAUUUGAUAAAGGACGUCAUGUUUGAAGAAACUUAAGAUCAGAAAUACAACCCUUAUCCCAUAGAUUACAGAACAGCAACAACAAUAGCAAACAGUUGCUGCACACCAAGGCAAAUGAAGAGGGAUACUGAAGAGUAUAUGGAAAAUAAUUUAAUCUAAACUCGCCACCUUCGUUGAGAGGUCUAGGGCAGAUAUAUGAUGCAGUAGCCCAUGUCGUUCAAUGAGUGUAAAAGAUACUCCUAUCUCCAUUCUGAUUUAGCUGAUCUUUUUGCGGGGGAGAUAAAAAGAUCAAGUGUAAAUAAACAUUGUGCGCGUACGUGCACGACUGGAGUUAAAAUGAACCUUCACUAUUGAAUUAAUUUGUCAGAACUUUAAUUGUUUACUGCAAUUGCAAUCAUCUCCAUGUUGGUCAUUUCUAAAGUCCGUUGAUGUAUUACGGCCUUGCUCGGUCGCGGUUCAGGGAAGAUGAUGCUUGACAGCGAAAUCAGUUUUGAAGGAGCUUCGUUCAAUACCACAAGAAACUCAUCAGCCGUUCAAAGUGAAGCUAGUGGCUACUUAAAAAUGACUUACGAUAUUCUCGUUCCAUGGACUGUUGCAUACUCUAUGGUUGCCGCAGCCAUUCUGUUUGGUAAUGGCCUUGUGAUAAUCUCUUUUGUCAAGAACAAGUUUCUUCGUACUCAUACCAACUACUUCAUCGUUUCUCUGGCAGCCACUGAUUGGUUCGUUGGCAUUAUCUCCAUUCCUUGGUGGAUUGUUGUUCUGUUUAUUAGUCAUGAAGGAGAAACUUGGUAUGCGUAUUUGCACGACAUUUGGGUGAUAUUUGAUAUACUUGGCGGUGUAGGUUCAAUACUGCAUCUAGUUGCUUUAAGCUGGGAUAGAUUUUGUGCCAUUGUAUGGCCUUUGAGCCAUCGUAUCUACACCAGCAAACGCUACUUGUGUAUUUUGGCCUUAAUUUGGUCGAUAGCGAUUCCAGUUGCUCUGUGUUCCAAACCGGGAAUGGCAUUAGCACCAAAAGCAUACAACGUGACUGUCAUAGUACUUUGUUUUUUCGUUCCACUGUUUAUUGUGUGCGGAACACAAGUUGCCGUAGUUAUUUCUAUUCGCAAGAACAGGGUGCAGAACUCUUACAGGUUUAAAAGGAGUCUUCGCAAAGAGGUCCGCGUUGCCAAGACAGUAAUCGUAAUGAUUGCGUUGUUCAUCAUUGGGUGGCUUCCUUUCUUCACACUCUCCUUGAUCACUUACUUAAAGCCAGAGAUAAAGCCUUCAUGGCAAGCGAUCUGCGCUGUAAAAUUCCUUCAGUACGGAAAUUCAGCCGUCAAUCCAGUGUUGUAUGCUCACAAGUUCCCUCACUUCCGUAAAGCGUUUGCGGCCAUACUGUGUCCUUGUCGCGAAGUGAGCAAAACGGCACGAAACGUCGGAGAGAGUUUCAGGACCACAUUAUCUUCCUUCGCUUCUGGUUCGAUUCGAAAGAAAACAAGCGCAAGUUACUGGACAAGCUUGCAGUCAGCUAUCUAUAAUCGUGAUAACAGUUCGAACUUGGAUUCGUCGCCGCACAAUUCGGCACGCGACACUGGUACGACUGAUCGACAUUCCGCUUCCGAGGAAAUCGAACUGCAAGGUAGCAACUCUAACGGUUCUUCAUAAAGAGAACCAAAAGUAUAUUGUCGCUCUGGAAGCAACGAAGUUAUAACCUUAAUAGUUCUCUCCCUAAGAAAAACUUUUCCUAGGAGUGGUGAUUGGUUUUAGAUAUAACAAUGUUGGAAACUGACAUUUUUCUUUGAUUGCUCAUCUUUACUGAUAUUGAAGAAAAGAGAAAACCGACAUGUGAUCACUGUAACAAUAAUGUAUUAUGCCGGAGAAAACGAAUUUACGGAUCACAGGCAGGAGUCAAACGUUCUAUAGAUUAGUGAUCAUUAAUCAACCAAUCAAGCUGAUCAAUAGAUUUGAUUGAUCGAUUGACCGACCGCUCGGCUCCGCUGCCAGCUGAUCGACCAAGCCAGGGAUCGAUUGUUGAAAACUUUUAACAGACUUAGCGUUAACUCGAAAUAUAAAUCUUAAAUUGCUUGAGAAGUCUAAUUCAUUCAUGCUAUGUUAAAAUAUCUCAUCUACCGAGAUUACUACUUUUUUCGCAGUGGUGUGAGACCUAAAGCAUGUUUUGCUUUGAAGGGUAUAAGAAAAGUGAGGUCUGUUAGCUUCUGAAACGCUGAUGUCACUACUCGCUUACAUGACAACAACAACAAGCUUACAUGAGUGCGAGAGUUGGUCAACUCGGGACGUUUCCUUAAUUAUUUGCUCUUAGAAAACUUGGACCUGUCACAAAAUCGUCAAGUUACCGUAAUCUGUAAAUCUAUAAUUCGACUUAGUGUACGAGGCUCUAAUUUACCUUUGAUGGUUCUAAGGUGGGCGCUUAUUGGAGACGAGGUGCUUAUCGAGGACGGGGCGCUUAUUUCAUUAUAAACAUAUACAUAAGAAUUUGAUACAUUAUAAUCUGAUGAAGAACGGCAGAUACUGUCAGUUUAAGUUCAACAUUACGUUCAAAUGAGAAAACGAACUUAAUUCAUCCAUCUAAUCGGUCUGUUCUAUGUUAGUGUCAUAAAUGUCACUUUUUUUAUGGAGGCGCUUAUUACAAUAUGGUCGCUUGUUAAAAAGGUGCACUCGAGGGGAGCGCUUAUUACUAAAGGGAGACGGGCGGCGUGAUAGAUGGGUGGGUGAUAAUGACGAUGAUAAUAUAAUAGAGGUGGCUGACAAAAUCUCUAAAUAAACAUAUGAUUAAGGAAGAAAAACGUGCAAGCGAUUAAAUAAUUCGACUGAGGUAUACAUGGAAGUGGGUUGGGUGAACUCGAAUCUCAUAUCAUACUCACUGACCGAAGUAUUUACUGCAGCGUUAAUAACCGUUAAAGUUUAAUUGGGAAACCCCGGGCUUUUCAACGCCUUCUUCAUUAGCACGUAUGUGAAUAUUUAUAUGCAUAUAAAACAUGGCUGUAAAAAUUUAAUCAAUAUUCGAAAAUUGAAAUAAAAUAAUAUGGUUAGUGUUGUUACAAUUUUGAGAACACUUCCAGACCUUCCACGAAACCUUUUUCUCUUAUUCAUUGUAUUCUUCCUCCCGUCAGUCUUGCCUUCUUGACAACGUGUUGAUAAAAGCUUUUAGUAUCACCCAACUAGUGGACUAAUGAAAAUCCUGCAUUUUAAUUGGUUACGUUACUAGAGGAUUAUUAGUGAUAGUCCUCGAGUAGCGAAAUUGGCGCAAUCGAGCGUGACGCUUUCUUCAGUUUUAUUCCCAAAUAAAUAAAUUUCUGCAACUUGCAUUUGCCAACUUUAUUGUUGCCUUUUCUGUCCGACUAGUUGGGUCAUACUAAAACAAUUAGACCCUUCGCCCUCAAGGGUCACGGGUCCAUGGCCCAUUUGGCUUCGUCUCAUGGCCUAUUGACCCGUAGCCCGCAAGGGCUACGGGUCUAAUUGUUAAAUAUUACAUGGCACUGUUUGUAACCACACUUGAAAAUUCAAGCUUAUCCCUUAACACUGUAGUCAUGUCAAAUAGUAUAAAUACUACUUCCCCGAAAUACUGAACAACCCAUAAAAAGGCAGCCCCCUACGAGAUUAAAAUUCUAAAAGCUUAAUUAAUUAUUCCAUGGAGCAUUACCUUUGAGGGGAGGCGCGGUGGCCUCAUGGUUAGUGCGCUCGUCCCCGGAUCGAGCGGUCCGGGUUCGAACCCUGGCCAGGAACACUGUGUUGUGUUCUUGGGCGAGACACUGCCUUUCUCAACCCAGGGGUAUAAAUUCCGGGGGAGUGACCUGCGAUGAACUAGCAUCCCGUCCAGGGGGAGUAGAAAUACUCCUUGCCGCGUCACGCUGCAGAAACCAGGAUAAGCUCCGGCAGCUAUGAGCCAGUCGGCUCCGAGGUUUCACUAUUACCUUUGAGGGGUAGGACGCCUGAACCUCAGCGAUUUUACGAAUGUAAGGAAUCUCAUAUUCUUGGUAAUGUCUUAAUGGACCGGGCUGGGAAUUGUUGUCAAGGUUAACGCAUCUAUCAUGGCAAAAAUUAAAACGCUGGUGCUCGAUAGAGAAGCAGCUCCAGCCAGCUUACUGAUGAUGCGAGGCAGCAGAAGCCGAGAGUAAACUGCAACACGGGCCAACCCGCUCACAAACCCGAGACAAAGUCAAAAGCUUUCCUUGGAACGUGCAACGUCAGUUGCUUCAUUAUAGAAGAGGGGUCAGACUUGUCCUUAUGAAGGGUAAAGAUUCACCGGUGCAGAAAACUAGUCACAGUUUGAGAAAAAAGUGGCCAACGUACAAAAAGACAAAAUUUUCUUAUCGGUGCCAUUCCCUUGACUUAUAAGAAGUAGCGCAUGACAAUAGGGAGGCACUGUGCUGCAGUCAGUAGGACGCCGUCUUGUAAUCCGGAGGUCUCCAACAUACUACAAGCUGAAUUUGCUCCUCGUUAGACCCGAGUUCAAAUCCUCAGUCACGAAAUAUAAGAACCCAAUCGUUUAAUAAACUCCAAUACCCCAGUUAGUUAGGGCUAUUUAUAACCACGUUGUAUA